AUGGCUGAGGCCGAGCGCGCUGGCGGAGUACAGGGCGAUCUGGAGAAGGAACUGACGUGCUCGAUCUGUACCGACCUCCUCUACCAGCCGCUCACCCUCCUCGACUGCCUUCACACCUUCUGCGGCGCCUGCCUGAAGGAAUGGUUCGCCUUCCAAGCCUCGACCGCCACAUCCAUACACCCCUACACCUGCCCCUCCUGCCGCGCCUCGGUGCGCACCACCCAGCCCAAUGCCACCGUCACCACGCUGCUUGAUAUAUUCCUAAAAUCGAAUCCCCAGAGAGGCAAGAGUGCCGAGGAGAAGACGGCAGACCGCAACAAGUACAAGCCGGGCGACAAUGUGCUGCCCAAGCUCAGACGGCGCGAUGAGCGCGAUGACGUCGAUCAGCGCAUGCUCGAGGAGGCCCAGCAGCUGAGUCUGAGAGACGUGGGCAUACCGGGCAGCAGCAGGACCAGUCUGGAACCCCCGAGGGAGCGCAGGCGGAGGGAGAGAAGUCGCGACACGAGCAGGGAAUCUCGUAGGGCGCGGGACGAAAGGCGCUCUACCAGCCAGAACCCGCCCGGCGCAUCGCCAUCCAGAGCCGUUAUACCUCCCAGGGCCAUUGAACACCAGUCCAGCCUGCGUUCUUUGCUGAGCGCCUCCGACCUCGACGCGGAAGACGUGGACGAGGACCUCGUGCGGCAGGUGCUGGAAGAGCUGGUGUCUGAAGGCGUGGAUUUGAACCAGAUUGGCACUGCACAGGAGGAAGAAAUUACAGAGAGGAUAGCCGAAGCUGUGCGACGACCGCGAGAGGAGAGAAAGGAGGGAGCGUCUGGCAAGAGAGGGCUUGAUGAGCUCGUCAUCUUCAUCGCUGUUGCCUCAACCCAUGCGAAGCCCUCUUACGCGCGACGAGGAAGCAGCACGCAGAAGAAGGCACGGCCGUUCGGAAAGCGGCGCGUCGACACCUCAGACGGCAGUAGGACCGCCCAUAUCUAG